AUGGCGCCAUGUUCAGUACAAAAUUUAUAUCUGACUUUUGCGGACUGGGAACAUCCCAACUACAGCUACAGAUGCUUGGAAAAUGGUGAUGUGGAAUUGUUUGGAGUGCAUGCGAAAAGUAGCAUAAAAGUAGAAGGGAACCCCCAAAAUUGUAACCACUCGCAUGAACAAACUACACAUGUCUACUGGAUAAAGUCCACAUGUCUGUCAGUACAAAAUAACGCCAAUAUCAGUGUUUACGACUUCGACUUUGAUGGCGUAUCUCAGCCCCCUGGUACUCCUACUACUACUAUUGCUCCUAAUAUAGUAGGAGGACAUGGUGGACAUCAAUUUGUCAUCACAUGCAAAGACAUUCCGGGAACAGGAAUAAUUAGAACGGUAGCACAUGUGUUUCAAGAAAAGAUCUACAACAAACUUCCAGACAACUACAAAGAAGUCGCUUCUGUUGAGAUGCGCUUUAAAGCCGUCAAUGAUACAGCUGCUCCUGACAUAAGCACUGUCUACAUCGGAGAUGAAUUCUACAUGUUCAUCAAAUACAUGGGAAAGGAAUCUUACAAUGUUAUUCCUGAGAAAUGUUCAGCCUUUGGUGAGACAUGGAUUCCAAAAGGACCUGCAACAAAACCAGCGGAUAAAUCGGUGGAUUUGUGGAAUAUUCAAAAAGCUGGAAAUGGAAAGGAUAAAUGUGCUGAACAAAAAGAGCUGUUGGAAAUAUUCGGCAGGUACAAUGAAACCCUUAUUUAUGCCAAGAUGUAUGGGUUCCGGUUUGCAGAGGGGAACUAUGUGACAAUUACAUGUGAAGUGAAGAUAUUUAAUAGUCUCAACGUCACUGACAAAACAGUAAGUAAGAAAACAUUUCAGUGA